CUGUGCACGAACCCCUCUUUGCUCAAUAAUCGCGUAUGCCCGGAAAACAACGCCAGAGCUUAAGAUAGCCUGCUAAAAAUUCAAUGAGACAGUUGCAGCAACGUGCUAACACAUACCACACUACAGUAAGGGGGCUGGCUUUACUGCAGAGUUUGUGUGUUUGAUCUGGUUCACGUGACAUUUUCCCUGAUAAUCAGAGAGGCAGGAGAGUUCAUUCACCAGCUGCUGUCCUCCUUCCUCCUGCUGAUCGUGUUUCUGCUCCCCUGGGAUUCUGUCGACAAUGGCUGAGGCUGCAUUUUACAUGCUGCACAAAGGGGUCUACCUGUCGGCACAUGUGCACAAUCCUCAGAGCCUGAAGUACUUUGAGGAGUUUACUUUCCGCAAAGACGAUGUCAUCAUUGCAACUUAUCCAAAGUCCGGUACGACCUGGAUGCAGGAGAUCAUCCCUCUCAUCUUGAGCGAAGGAGAUCCGGCGUCUGUUGAGACUCUUAUGUCAUGGAAUCGUGUUCCCUGGCUGGAGAUGGUUUAUACCGCCAAACUUGAUGUUGAACAGCGGCCGUCCCCACGCAUAUUCAGUACACACUUCCAGUACAGCAUGAUGCAACCAGGGUUCUUUGAAGUAAAACCAAAGGUCAUCUAUGUCAUGAGGAACCCCAAAGAUGUGUUCACAUCUUACUUUCAUUUUAGUAAAGCAAGCAGCUUCCUGGUGAACCCAGGCCCACAGAGCGAGUUCCUCAAGACGUUCAUGGAUGGAAAAGUUUCUCAUGGCUCAUGGUUUGAGCAUGUUAAAGGUUGGCUGAAUGCAGAGGAUAAAAAGCACAUAAUGUACAUCUCCUACGAAGAACUGAAAACGGACCUGAAAAAUGCUGUGGCCAGAAUCGCUCAGUUCUUGGAGAAACCUCUGGACGCCGAGGUAAUCGAGAAGAUAGCAGAACGCUGUUUGUUCCAGAACAUGAAGCAGAACAAAAUGUCAAACCACUCCACUGUUUCUUCUAAAGUACUGGACCAGGCAAAGUCAGAAUUUCUCCGGAAAGGAAUCGUUGGAGACUGGAAAAACCAGCUAACAGUCCCAGAGGCAGAAUAUUUUGAUGCAGUUUACACUGACAAAAUGAAGGACUUCAAAUACACAUUUCCAUGGGUUCUGGACAAAGUCGACGAGCAAAGUCACUGAAGACGGU